GCGGUGCGUGCCGGGAGGCUCUGCGGUGGGGCCGCUGGGUGCGGGCGGCGGGCUGCUCCCGCCAUGGCGCUCAACAAGUCGAUGCACGCGCGCAACCGCUACAAGGACAAGCCGCCCGACUUCGCCUACCUGGCCGGCAAGUACCCCGAGUUCCGGCAGCACGUACAGACCACCCUGGCCGGCAGGGUGAGCCUGAACUUCAAGGACCCCGAGGCGGUGAGAGCUCUGACGUGUACCCUUCUGAAGGAGGAUUUUGGACUCACCAUUGACAUCCCUCUGGAAAGGCUCAUUCCGACCGUCCCCUUGAGGCUGAACUACAUCCACUGGGUGGAGGAUCUCAUUGGCCAUCAGGAUGCUGACAAGCGAGUGCUUAGGCGGGGCAUUGACAUAGGGACAGGGGCGUCGUGCAUAUACCCAUUACUUGGAUCAACGUUGAAUGGCUGGUAUUUUCUUGCAACAGAAGUGGAUGACAUGUGCUUCAAUUAUGCCAAGAAGAAUGUGGAACAGAAUAACUUGUCUGAUCUUAUAAAAGUGGUUAAGGUACCACAGAAGACUCUUCUAAUGGAUGCGCUGAAAGAAGAAUCUGAGAUAAUUUACGAUUUCUGCAUGUGCAACCCUCCUUUUUUUGCCAACCAAUUGGAAGCGAAGGGAGUAAAUUCUCGAAACCCACGGCGCCCUCCUCCAAGUUCUGUAAAUACAGGAGGGAUCACUGAAAUCAUGGCCGAGGGGGGAGAGCUGGAGUUUGUCAAGAGAAUUAUUCAUGAUAGCUUACAACUGAAAAAGAGGUUACGAUGGUACAGUUGUAUGCUGGGGAAGAAAUGCAGUUUAGCACCAUUGAAAGAGGAACUUAAAAUCCAGGGGGUUCCUAAAGUUACUCACACAGAAUUCUGUCAAGGACGUACUAUGAGAUGGGCACUGGCAUGGAGUUUCUAUGACGAUGUGCAAGUACCUUCACCUCCCUCUAAGAGAAGAAAGCUAGAAAAACCUCGAAAACCAAUUACAUUUACAGUCUUGGCUUCUACAGUCAAAGAGUUGUCCAUCAAAGCUGCAGCGAUGGGCUGGGAUGCUGUAGAAGGCAUUGCUGUUGUUAGAGCCUGGAUAGAGAAGAUUCUUGCUGAUUUAAAGGUUCAGCAUAAGCGUGUUCCUUGUGGGAAAGAUGAAGUUAGCCUUUUUGUGACUGCCAUUGAAAACUCCUGGGUUCAUCUGAGGAGAAAGAAACGAGAGAGAGUAAGGCAAUUACGAGAACUUCCUCGAGCUUCUAAUGAUGUUCUGCAAGCAAUGGAAGAGGGAAAAAACAGUGAGAACAGUGUGAGCAACAGUUUGGACUGUGAAAAACCCAAGACUGAAGACUCUGAGCUUGUGGCAUGUGAUGAGGACGUCCACUUGACUGCAGACAAUGAGCUAAGGGACGAAUCGGCCACCAAAGAACUUAGUGAGUGUAUGGAGGAGGAGGAGAUGGAAGCAAAGCAGGCAGAAGCGUCAUUUAACGAAGGUUCCAGUAGUGCAAAGCAGGGACCUCAGCCUUCAGAGCAAACUAGUGAUCUAUCAGCUGAAAAAGGACAAAGUCCCAAGGAAACCAGUAGGUGUUUCCUCUUUAAGUGUUUAAUGAACGUGAAGAAAGAAGGAAGUGAUGUAUUAGUAGAAAUGCACUGGGUUGAAGGACAGAACAGAGACUUAAUGAACCAGCUGUGCACAUACCUACGGAACCAAGUUCUUCGGUUGGUUGCUAGUUAGCCUUUUAUCUCACUUGGGUAAAAAUGAGUCUUCAAGUUUUAUAAACUAUUUUUGAUGGUUUAAAUGGUUAGCAAAAUAAGAUUUCCUCUUAAACAUUAGUAAAAUGAAAAUUAAAGCUUUUUUUAAUGUUAAAUAGCUUUUUUUAAAAAAAAAAAACUGCAAGGAGUACAUGAAGUAUGACUUCAUGUGCAAUGAAGGACGAAGAAGUAAUAUAUCUUAUUUUUCAGUUAUAAAACUAUGUGUUGCAGUGAAACGCAUCUAUGCUGUGACCAUUUCAAAUAAUGACAAUGCUCUUUUUUUUUUUUCUUAUCUUGUGUAAUAGGUUUAUACAUUGUUAGUAUGUAGACUAGUACUUUACUGAACUAUAGACUAGUACUUUGCUGAAAUAUUUUCUUCAGUAUUUUCGUACAAAUGCAGGAAAUUGGUCUGCCUUGGGAGUUGCCUUCUGCAGCGACGAGUCCUCAGCCAGGGCUUUAAGUACACCUCUCGUCCCUUUGAUGUGAUUAGCCUUUGGCCUACAGCGUAGCAAUAUGCAUACAUCCUUUAAGCGUUGACUGAUUAAAGAAACAUUUUAGAAA